GCCGGCGAUGACUUUGCCAAUAACUUGUUUUCGGACCUCGCACCUAUCCUCGCGCUUUUUGGCGAGAGGGUGACGAUGCAGUUUAUGAGCCAAAGCACGGGGUGGGCUGACAACGUUAUUCUGGCAAUGGUGCCGUUGGGUAUCAUCGCCGCCGUCGUAGGUGCUAUCCGCGUUGGAGGCCCGACCUGGCUCAAGGCUCUCAUCGGGAGAGCGCGGGAUAGCCGCGCGAUCGUAGAGUCGGAACUGAUGUCGUCCACCUCGCAUGAAGUUUGCGAGCUCUGGAACGAACCGAGCGCUUGGGAUGUAAUGUUGGGCAGUUGCCCACCUCGUCGGAAACACUGGUCCACGAAGGCCGGCAUGUUUGCCAUCUUGCGAUUUCCGAAACCGGGCAGCAAGGCGACCAACACCGAACAGUCCACGCCGGCUGAGGAUUUGCACAAACUGUCAAAACGCCCAGUUGCGAUUCUCCGUAACACAGUGAGCCAUACCCCAAAUAUCUCGCUGAAUAUUCGAAAUACGUCAACUAGCCGAGAGGCAUAUAUCAUUUCCGUAUUCGCAACGCUUCUUCAGGCAUGCCUGCUUGCCUAUGCUGGGUUGACGGCUACAUAUUUCAGUCACAACACCCAGCUCCAGGAGACGCCACCGGCCGGUUACGCAUUUCCUUGCAUGGCAGCCGGCACUUUGAUGCUGGUCUCUGGUAUGCUAGUUUGCGGCCAUGUUGUAGAAGGUAGCACCUCAGAAAGACGAUUCCGUCCAGUGGAUGGAAAAGAGGCCCGGGUUGUCUGGCUGCAGCGAUCCGGCAUAGUUAACGAUCAGCGGUUUGAGUCGUUUGCCAUUUUCCCAACCAAGGCUCAGCGCGUGAUAACGACUUCACAAAGGACCCAGCAGGGGCGAAACCAAAACCAAACAUCCCAACAGGCGUCCGUGGGGAUAAACGUGGAGGUGACGACCGUGGUGGCUGUCGCAACAACUAUGUGCGGCUUCGUCGUCCAAUUCGUGGGACUGCGUGGGAUGAACUGGACCGUGUCAAUCGCUCAACUCCUCGCCAUCCUCCUCAUGGCCGUUCUCAGGUCUUUAGUUCGCCGCAACCUCGCGGAGCGCCCAAACUCUCUACCACUACCCCCGGGGCACGAACUGGACUGGUUGGCAAUAACUCUGACCAAAUCUUCCGAUGCUCCCUGGCUUCACCCCGACAAGCCCCCCCGUGCGGACCGAGACGACUGGGGCUAUCGGAUUGUCCCUGCGGAGCAGGCAAAUAAUACUGCCCCCGGCGGCUACACGGACGCUCGCCACUCGAGAGCUCACCAAGCGAUGCUGAUCAGAAUACAACUCGGUGUACUGGCUGGGUGGCGGGGCACUGCCUCGGCGGAGGCUGUUGCUCUAGCUUCUGCGAUCGAGAUCGUCAUGGGCACUCUACGCCUUGACCAUUGGAAGUCUAAUGGUAUGUUCACCUGGCACAUCACGUCCUCGAAUUCCAGCGUUCACGAACCGGUGGAGUUCUGUGCAACGUGGCGGCAAACGACAUGGACCACCUUCCCUCAGGAGAUCGAGGCUGCGCUUUCACUUUGGUUAUAUUCCGUCCGCCACCGAGAGGAAAACCAGGAAGAAGCUGGGUAUUAUAGCUCAGAAUCGUGGUUGGGAGGCGCCACGCCGUCACAAUUGCAAAGUAAGCGAGCUCGGGGCAAAUCCAGUCUCCAAAUCCUAGGUUCGCUUGAUGCGAGAAUUCUACAACGAGAUCUAUCUUGGUGGUUGCCAGACAACAGCUUGAAGGACAUAUACGAUAUCUCGGAAACAGAAGCAAAUAGCAAUGUGCCCCAGCGCGUGAUCCUUGAGGGGCAUCGCGUGGUGGGGUGUACACGGAAAGCCAUUCAUUAUCCUUCUCCGAACAACGACGUGUCUGGGUACGAGCUCCGACAGGGGGAAAUCAGCAGGCAAUCAACCCUGGCGGUCUACUCACAGAAGGACAUCAAGAAGCUAUACGCCUGCCACAUAUUCUCCGCCUUCAUGUGGGCCUUAUCUGCGGCGAUCACAGAAAGUCCAGUUGAUACUUGUCCGUUCGGAAAAGCAGAUGUACGGGCAUUCGUUGUUCCUACGGAAGAAUACGAAUACGAUACCUGGGACCGCAAUCAUAAAUUUAGCAACGACAGGCUCUCUGCCUUGAUCCGGGAUAUUGAAAAUACGGGACUUGGCUCCGUUGAGGACAUUUACUUUGCCAUCCUCCCGCCACUGAGCGCAUGGAAUUUGUUGCCACCCGUUCAUUCUAUUCUGAAACGCGGACUGGAAGUCGGACACCAACUUGAGCGGCGGGGUGACUGGAAGAAAGCCGGCCGCACAUACGUACGGAUCUUGAAAAGAACCGCGUUUUUCCCGCGGAACGAUAACACCGACAUAGCAUCAGAGGCCACGGCCCUGGUAAUGGAAUUUCUGAGGGUGCUUACCGAGACAGUUGAGCUGUGGAAGGACCAACUUCUCUAUGACGACAAGGAAGUUUUCGAACUCAUCGCAUUUAGGGAAUGGGUCAGGGGCCGGCUAGCAGCGCACAACGAUGAGGCUAUUUUUCCCCGGCUAAUGGGCCUAUACGAACGCCAAGGCCGUGUUUGGAAAUGCAACUUAGUCGGGGAGAACACGGCCUAUCCCACGAUACUACCGCCUGAAUUUGGUUUCCACGUCCUUCACCAAGCCGCUUGCAGCAACAAGGGUGCCGAGAUAUCCCGUCUCUCCAGCCAAGGCUUGGAUAGACAGGACUUUCUCGGCUGGACGGCGAUACACUACGCCGUCGCCUAUGGCUCGGGCAAUGCAUUUGAUAUCUUGCUGGACUUACGGGCUGAUGCCAACGCCCAAGACAUCCGUCAGCGUACGCCACUCCACUAUGCGUACCGCCACGAUGACGCGCGAGUUGUUCUGGAGUUGCUGCGAGCGGGAACAGACAUCAACGCCAGGGAUACGGAUGGUAUGACGCCGCUUCACCAUGCGGUCAAGCACGGCGCGCGAAAGGUGGCGGCGGCGCUCAUCGAAGGCGGCGCCGAUAUGAACCUGGCCGACAACGGAGGACGGACGGCUAUGGCGUGGGCCGUAUGCAGUGGGGACGCUGACCUCGCGAAAGACGACCUCUGGGAUGCGACCAACCUAAAACGCCGCGACAACCAGGGCCGCACCUUGUUGCAUCUGGCUGUUAUGUCAGGCAGCGGCGUGGGCAAAGACUUCGGGGACAUGUUUGACUUCCUGGUGCCUGCGAUCGACAAAAACGCCAAAGACCGACGAGGCUACACCCCUCUGCAUCUCGCUGCUGCCAAGGGACAUUUGUCCGCCGUCCAGUGGCUUUUAGAUCGCGGGGCUGACCGCCAUGCGGAGGAAAAUGGACGGUAUAACAACAUGCAGGAUCCUACGCUUGAUGAGCCGAGGUUCACGCCGCUUCAUCUCGCCAAGCUGAGGCUACGGAGGGCUAGAGAGAAGGAAGGGGACGCGACGGAUAAUGAGAGCGAU